CUCCAAUUUAUACUCUCUACAUCCACUCUGUAUCUCUUUUGUUUCAGCUUUGUCUGCGGUCAAAGACCCCAUCAUAUCUUUCUAUAUUAUAUAUGAAUUGUAUGUAUGCAAUCACAAUGUGGUCUCUCUCAUCAUCUCUCUAAGUUUUCAGUAGGAAGGAGGAGUGAGUGAACCUCCUCCACCAUAACUGGAUCCAACCGACAAAAAAGAAACAAAGUGAACAACUCAAUUGGGAGCUGUAAUGGAUGCUACCACUUCUAAGCUGUAUCUUCUUGUAUAUAUCGUGUUUUUCCUUCACUUGAUUUUCUUCCAUAGCUUCGGAUUCGCAGCCAUUCCCAAGCUCCACCCCGACGAAGUGAAGACGCUGAGAGAGAUAGGGAAGAGAUUGGGGAAGAGAGAUUGGGAUUUCAGGAAGGAUCCGUGUAGCGGAGAAGGGAAUUGGAGCCCUCCUGUUCUCGUGAAGGGAUUCGAGACCUCCGUCACUUGCGAUUGCACUUUCAACAACAAUGCCACCUGCCAUGUCGUCGCCAUGGCUUUGAAAGCCCAAAAUAUUUCAGGACAAGUGCCGCCAGAGUUUUCAAAGCUUCGCCACCUUCAAACAUUGGACCUUAGUCGCAACUACUUCAACGGUUCAAUACCUUCCCAUUGGGCUACCAUGCGCUUGGUUGAUCUCUCUGUCAUGGGAAACCAGUUGUCCGGUCCAUUCCCAAUAGUUCUCACCAAUAUCACCACCCUUGCAAACUUGAGCAUUGAAGGAAACCGCUUCUCAGGGACCAUUCCCCCGCAGAUUGGGAAAUUGAUUAAAUUACAAAAGCUUGUUCUAUCAUCAAAUUCUUUCAUGGGAGAAUUGCCAGUGGCACUUGCUAAGUUGAUCAAAUUGACUGAUAUGAGGAUAAGUGACAACAAUUUUGUUGGAAAGAUACCAUAUUUCAUUGGGAACUGGACAAAGAUUGAGAAAUUGCUCAUACAAGGUUGUCCACUUGAGGGACCAAUUCCUUCUAGCAUUUCUACUUUGACAAGCUUAACUGAUCUGAGGAUUAGUGACUUAAAAGGUGGAGGGUCUAAUUUUCCACCAUUAAGUAAUAUGGAAUCCAUGAAAGUGCUGGUACUAAGGAAAUGCUCAAUCUAUGGAGAGAUACCUAGAUAUAUUGGGGAUCUAACAAAACUGAAAACUCUAGACCUCAGUUUCAAUCACUUGAGUGGUGAAAUUCCAACAUCUUUUGUCCAACUAGCUAAAGUAGAUUUCAUGUAUUUGACGGGGAACCAACUUACUGGACAAAUACCUGGAUGGAUCCUUUCAAGAAACAAGAAUGUGGAUAUUUCUUAUAACAAUUUCACUUGGGAAAGCUCAAGUCCAGUUGAAUGUCCUCGAGGGAGUGUAAAUUUGGUCGAGACCUACUCUGCCGCCUCCACCAACAAAUUAAGUAAAGUUCAUCCAUGCCUAAAGAAAAACUACCCGUGUUCUGCUAUGGGUAAUCAAUAUUAUUCCUUGCACAUUAACUGUGGUGGCAAGGAGGCAAUCUUCAAUAACAGCAAGUAUGAAGCCGAUUUAGAAGUGAGAGGUGCUUCAAUGUUUUACUCAGGACAGAACUGGGCAUUUAGCAGCACGGGGAACUUCAUGGAUAAUGAUCUUGAGGCUGAUGUUUACAUUGACGCUAACACUUCUACUCUGCAUAAUGUCUCUGCUACUGAUUCAGAACUGUAUACAACAGCACGUGUAUCACCCCUCUCUCUCACCUACUAUGGACUUUGUCUUGGGAAUGGGAAUUACACUGUCAGACUCCAUUUUGCCGAGAUUGUUUACACAAAUGACCAGACAUUUGACAGCCUUGGGAAGCGUAUAUUUGAUGUCUAUAUCCAGGGAAAAUUGGUGCUGAAGGAUUUUAACAUCGAAAAUGAGGCUGGUGGGCCUGGUAAUCCCAUAGUUAAGAAUUUUACUGCCGAAGUAACAAGCCACACAUUGAAAAUUCACUUUUACUGGGCUGGAAAAGGGACAACAGGCAUCCCACAAAGAGGAGUGUAUGGUCCUCUUAUAUCAGCUAUCUCAGUUGACCCUAACUUUAAACCUCCUUCAGAGCAUGGCAAGAAGAUUUAUGUCAGAGUAGUGGCUGGGGCUGUGGUUGGAGCAGUAUUUAUUGUCUUUCUCGUCCUAAUUAUUUUGUGGAGGAAAGGCUGGUUGGGAGGAAAGAUAUCUGCAGAUAAAGAGCUUAGAGGGCUGGAUCUACAAACUGGAUUGUUUACAUUAAGACAGAUAAAAGCUGCGACUACGAACUUUGAUGCAGCAAACAAGAUAGGGGAGGGUGGUUUUGGCUCAGUUUACAAGGGUCUAUUAUCAGAUGGAACAGUAAUUGCAGUGAAGCAACUUUCCGCAAAAUCUAAGCAAGGAAGUAAGGAAUUUGUGAACGAAAUAGGCAUGAUUUCUGGAUUGCAACAUCCAAAUCUCGUAAAGCUGUAUGGAUGUUGUGUUGAAGGAAACCAGUUAAUACUGAUAUACGAGUACAUGGAAAACAAUUGUCUAUCCCGUGCUCUUUUUGGACGUGAUGCAAUUUGCAAAUUGAAACUAGACUGGCCUACCAGGCAGAAAAUUUGCUUAGGCAUAGCUAGGGGCUUGGCCUAUCUCCAUGAGGAAUCGAGACUGAAGAUUGUGCAUAGAGACAUUAAGACUAGCAAUGUGUUGCUUGAUAAGGAAUUUAAUGCUAAAAUUUCUGAUUUUGGCUUGGCAAAGCUUUACGAGGAUGACAAUACUCACAUCAGCACUCGGGUUGCUGGAACUAUUGGUUAUAUGGCUCCCGAGUAUGCAAUGCGUGGUUAUUUAACAAACAAAGCAGAUGUUUACAGUUUUGGAGUAGUAGCACUGGAAAUUGUCAGUGGAAAAAGCAACACAAACUACAGGCCAAAGGAAGAAUUUGUUUACCUUCUUGACUGGGCGUACGUUCUGCAAGAGAGAGGGAGUCUACUGGAGCUGGUUGAUCCAGAAUUGGGCUCAGAGUAUUCAUCAGAGGAAGCAAUGGUGAUGCUAAAUGUGGCACUUUUGUGUACCAAUGCAUCACCAACUCUUAGGCCUACGAUGUCUCAAGUGGUGAGCAUGCUCGAAGGCCAAACUGCCGUUCAAGACCUACUUUCCGAUCCCGGGUUUUCAGCCAUCAAUCCAAAGUUUAAGGCCAUAAGAAAUCAUUUCUGGCAGAAUCCAAGCCAAACACAAAGCAUGUCAACCGAUGGUCCAUAUAGUGACGAUGGAUCACUCUCAAACAUAGAUAAGGAAGAGAUUAACAUCCUUUUAAGAGUUAAUUCAGUUAUAUCUGACAAGUAAAGUAUAUCAUCAUGUUAUUAAAAUUGUACAUAACAUUUGGAAAACCUUUUCUAUAUAUCAAUUAAGUAAAAUAAUUAUGAUGUUUAAA